AUGGUGUCUCAUAAUCGUUCAGGUGAUUCGGUUGAUUUACAACUUCCUAGUUUACCAAAUUCAUCCACCAAAUCAACAUCGUCUUCUGAAUCCAUAAUUAAUCCUCAUCAUUUAACUAGAAAGAAGUUAAAACUUAUAUUGCAUUUGAUUACUGCUGAAUUGAAACAUCGUGGUACUAAAACUCCUCAUAUUUUCUUACCAUUUAGAUCUAGAAUUGAUGAUACUAAAUUAGAAAUUUUUCUAAGAAGAAUAUUUCCAAAUGGUGAUUUAAUCCCCAUUAAUAAUAAAGAUGAUGAGCAUAAUGUUAAAAAAAAAUUGAAAAGUUUCGAUGAAUUCACUUUGAUUUGUAGUUUGAAAUAUUUAUGGAGUAGAUUGCCAAAUAAUGAAAUCAUUGGUUGGGAUGUUUACUUAGAAUAUAAAAGAAGAGAAAAAGAAGCAGGUUACCCUAGGAAUGCAUUUUUAAGUAUAAUGCCAAAAUGUUUAUCAUCUCCUGCUCAUGCAUCAAUUGUUUAUGAUUUCUUAGAUAUAUUGAUCAGUAUCGCUUCAAAUUCUCAAUAUAAUUACUUAAGUGGUCGUAAAAUAGCUAAAAUGUCGAGUUUAUGGGCUUUCAAUGGUUAUUCAAAACAUUUCAAAUCAGCCUUUUUCGAUGCUACUUUGGAUAAAGAAUUUAAUUUCAUUGAAGGUUUGGAAUCUUGGAAAUCUUCAAGUGAUGCUCUAUUUCAUUUAUUACUUUCCUUUUUAAGAGCAAUGUUACCUGAUAAUGAAGCUGAUACUUUAAAAUUACCGAAAACUUUACAAUCUUUAUUAAUUACAAAUUCUUAUCCUCCAGCACAAAAUUCAGAUUCGAUUAAAUCAAUCAUUACCAUUCCUUGUGUUUGUGUCAAAUCAACUAAAAGAUCCAAAAAUGCUUAUGAUCUUUUAUCAAAAGUUAAAAAAACUUUAUCAUUCGAUAAAAAAGACUCGUUCCUUUCAAUUGAAAAUUAUACAAUCUUGAAAAAUAUUUUCAGAAAAGACUCUACUGAUGAGAUUGUUGACACUUUAACAGAGGAAUCAAGAAGAAUUUUGAAUAGAAUUACCGCCGACCCAAUCGAUUCUGAAUAUGGCUUAUAUCCAGGUUGGGCUAAACCUCCAGCUAAGGAUGAGGUUGAUGAUGAUUCAGAAAAUAUUCCUCUUUACUCACAAAUCUCAAUUCAUGAUGUAUCAUUACAAGAUUACUAUAUUUGGACUUGGCUUUCUUCUUUAGGAUCAGAUCAAACUAGUCAUAUCAAAAGAUUAUUUGGUAGGUCUUUGGUAGUUGAGGCCGGUUUGAGAGGCUUCCAAAAAUGGUUGAUUGUAACUGAAGAACAAAUGUCUCCAGAUGAAUAUAUUCGCCAUUUUAAAACUAUCGAAAAUGAUCAUCCUAACUAUCAUCCAAGUAAUCGUGAAUUUAGACCAAGCGUUCCUGAAAAAGAUAGAGCAGUAUCUAAUGGAUCUUACAAGGAUAUGCCUUUACCUCCACCUCCAUUACCUUCAAAAGAUGAUAAUAGUUUAUUACCAAAUUACGAAUUCGAUGAAACAGAUCAUAGAAUCGACGUUGGUGAAAUGGCAGCUGCCAACAAUGGAGCUGAAGAAGACGAAGAAGAUUACUAUGUUUAUCCAAGUCAAGUAAAUGGGGAAGCAUCUGAUGAUUACACCAAAUAUUUACAAGGUUUAAAUGAACAGCAAGAUGAAAGCUUGGCCAAUGCUUUUAAUCAGAAAGCUUCUUUAACCCAUACUAAAUCUACGAGUUCGCGUCAUAGACGUCCCCCUCCUCCU